CGACUGACCUGACUGGUCAAUCCAUAUUCCACACAGCAGGGGGCAGCACGCGCAUAUUGAGUAUUAAAAGCAGUGGGGAAGUAACUAGAACAUGAUUGCUGAUAAGGUUUGGACUGUUUGGAGAAACAACAAACCUGUUAUCAUAACGUUGAAUUGUUUUCAAUUACACAGUCAAUACAAUGAUUUUAACUAUAAAACCACUUAAAGGAAAGGAGUGCAAUGUACAGGUCACAGAAGAUGAAAAAGUCUCCAUGGUGAAAGAACUAGUGUCUGAACGUCUGAAUAUACCUGCAAAUCAGCAGCGAUUGCUUUACAAGGGGAAAGCCCUUGCAGAUGAACACAGAUUGAGCGAUUAUUCCAUUGGGCCAGAGGCCAAGUUAAACUUGGUGGUUCGUCCAGCAGGGGAGAGGAGUGGGAUGGCUAGCAGUAGCAGUGCGGUCAGCGGGGUGUGGCAGACUCUGUCCACUGUUCUAGCGAAACACUUCAGCCCUGCAGAUGCAGCUAAAGUCCAUGAACAGUUAAUCAAGGAUUAUGAACGUUCACUUCGGCAACUCAGUCUGGAUGACAUUGAGCGCCUGGCCGGGCGACUGCUUCACCCAGACAGUGAGGGCAUGGACACAUCGUACAUGGAUUGAAAACCUGCCUGACUUGACGGUAUUCUGGCGAUUUCACAGAGGUGCAGUGGGUUGUACAGGGAUAACAUGAAAGGUUGACUAUAGUGUAGCUGCAAAGCUUUUAGAUCACAGCCUGUCUUAAUGAUACUUUUCUUUGUUUUCUCCAGACAUUCCUGUACAAUUGAUAGGAUAUUUUCACAUGAUCAAAUCAGACUGAAACGAGAGCCAAUACCUUUUGACUGUUGGUCUAAAAUUAUCACUGAGUAAUUAUGGAAGUUCUUAUUUAUAAGCAAUGUGUUGUAAAUGAAUGAUAGUUUACAGAAAACACACUCUGUAAGGUUAGUUCUAGUUAAUGUUGUUCAGUGCAGUCAUUGUAUGAUUUGUAUAUAUUGUUUAUACAAGCAUAAAAAAAUUGACUGUUUUCCCUCAAUUUCAAGUACUCACUUGGUCUAGGCCUAGCAUCAUUUUUUUUUAACUGAAUAAAGCACAAUCUACCUCAAAUAGUAUUUAGUCAUAAUUGUACCUUUUUUAUUCAACUGUCAGGAAAUUAUUUAACCAUUUAUAUUAAGAUAUAUGUUCAACUUCUACUUACAGCAACCGUAACAAUUUAUAAAAUUGAUGGACGUUCAUAUAGUUGUAUUUAUAUUAUACAAAGCAAAAAAUAAGAGGUCAGAUUGUGUGAGAGAGAUGCUGCCUUAUCUAUGAUAGGAUUUGGCCUGCAAAUGUAACACCUUAAACUGGGAAAAUCUAUUUAAACUCCCAUCUAACAAGAUGUCCAGUUUGGAACAAGACUUGAUAACAGGAAUUUGCCUCCGACUGCAUUAUCCAUAUUAGAAAGCACACACUGCUGAUCAUAUUGGAUUUUCUAGUGAUAGCUUUGUUUCCUCUCUCCCCACAAACACACACAGUUGAACUUGAGUCCCAUUUGUACAAUUUACAUAAUUUCUGAUCAG